AUGACGUCCGCCUUCUCGGAGGACAGGGAAGGCGUGCGUGGAAGGGGUUGGCGGCGGGGUGCGGGUGGACAGUGGGCGGGGGUGGGGGCAGACAGGGGUCGGCUGGUGUGGGCGGGUGUUUGCUGGGGAGAGGCGGGCGGCGACUCCUCUGCGACACGCAGUGAUAGUGAGCCGACGGACGGAAUGGCGAACAUAGCGUCGCAACGCAUUCAACGCGAGUUCCAAGAAGUGGUCAAAUCGGACGAAGUGGCGAAGAGUCUGAUAGCCAUCGAACUCGUCAACAACUCUCUGCUCGAACUCCGCGGACGCAUCACUGGACCGCCGGACACGCCCUACGACGGCGGCGUCUUCCAUCUCGAGAUCAAGGUGCCGGAGACCUAUCCCUUCAAUCCGCCGAAAGUGCGGUUCGUGACGAAGAUAUGGCACCCGAACAUCUCAUCCGUGACGGGCGCUAUCUGUCUCGACAUCCUGAAGGACCAAUGGGCGGCCGCCAUGACCAUCAGGACUGUGCUCCUGUCCCUCCAGGCGCUGCUCGCCGCGGCGGAGGCGGACGACCCGCAGGACGCGGUGGUGGCGAAGCAGUACAAAGAGAACCCCGAGCUGUUCCGGCAGACGGCGCGCCACUGGACGUACAUCUACGCGUUCGGACGCCAGUGCUCUGCGUCGGCGCCAUUCGAAGAGUUCGACCGAAAGAUCCGAAGACUGCAAGAAGUGAUGCGAAUCGACGAACACAAGGCUCUGGUGGCGCUCUCGUCCAACAACUGGGAGUUAGAGCGCGCCACUCAAGCAUUGUUACCAUAACUGACUGUUUUGUACAUUAAAUUCAAAUCUUUUAAAGCGUGACAACAA